ACAGGUCUAUUGUAGCUCGUUCGAAAUCAACCUCGUCUUGAUGCAGAAGGCUAGUUUCAGCUUGCAAACAACUUGUCAGUAACGCUACUGCUGUCGUCCAGGACAGCUAACGGUAACGUCAACUGUAGAACGUUAGCUUGUAACGCUGGCUAAUAGGUUUAUAGCCGUAAUGUGAAGCUUUUAAACGGGAAAAUAAAUUGACAACAGUUGGUAUUAUAUUUAAGUCUGCUUGCGGCUGCCACACGAGCAUAUAUCACCAAGUACCAGGAAACCAACUAACCGCAGCAAGUAAAGUGUCUUUUACGAUUUCUCCCUGAUUAAGAAGGGCACCAUGUGGAAGUCACAUGAACGAGAAGGAUGAGGCAGCCCGAGGAGAGAGCACACUGUCAGUCAUAGCGAGGGGCUUUGCUGCUUGCAAAGGCCCUGCACGAGCAGCAGCCUGUGUCCCCCAUCUCCUGAACAUAUGCAAUGAACACCACUACUGAGCCCCCUGCCAUCAUAGAUGGGGAUGUGGCAGUCAGCUAUGUGUUGGUGCCAUUUUUCCUCAUCACUAUUAUUGGAAUAGCUACAGCUGUGGUCAUGUACAUUCGUAGAAAAAGGAGAAUUGACAGACUUCGUCAUCAGCUGUUACCAGUGUACACAUAUGAUCCAUCAGAGGAACUUAAUGAAGCCGAGCAAGAAAUGCUGUGGAGAGAGGAGGAUACAAGGAUUGUACAAGGUUGGGCCAAAAGUUAUCAACAGCGACGCCCUCUUCUGACCAAAGACGUCAAUGCAUGAUGGCAGUAGACCAUGGCGGAGUGGAGAAAACUUUCGGCCACAGAGAUGAGUCAUUCUUCCAAGUCAUGCACAAGAUUUUCUUUGUUUGAUUUUUCGUUGCCACCGUUUGUCCGGUAUGUCUGGUUUGUAUGUACGGACAGGGGGACAAUGCCAAUCCUGUGUGCCUAACAGAUGCAGUAUCAUACAUAUAUUUAUUUGAAAUUAUUUAUUCAAACUCUUUUCUUACUGUGGUGUUCAGCAACAUGACUCAAAGUUUCGAAAGGUGGAAUCUCACCAAAGAUAAAGGUUCCUGUAGGUUUCUGCUGUUGUUUACAUUCAUUGUGUUGUUGUGGGCGACAUGCGGCGAGCGCUAAUGUUCCUGUGGGUUACACAUGGCAGAUGCACGGACUGACGGGGGUUUGUGAUCACGGGUUGCUGUGCUGUUUGCAGUGCAUUAAGAACAAUUAUGGCUUCUUUGA